AUGCCCGCCACGGCACCGACCUUUUCCCCCGACCCCCCUUCUUUCCUCGAGCCCGACGCCCGCCCAAGCCCCGGGCGCCCGACGCCGACGCCAUUCAUCCUCGCCAGAGUUGCCUCACCGCCACCGUCGCCCGUCUCCGCCGUCAUCCCCGUCUUCCCCCUCAACGGACUCCGGCGCCUGUUCGCCUCGGUCGCCCUGAACCGGAGCUCUGCUCCCGCUCGUGCUCACCCGCACCUCGUCGCGCCCUCUGCCUCCAGUGCACGCACGCUAGCCUGUUGUCGCUCCCGCCUGCGUGAGUUGCCGCUGCUGCCCUGCUACUCGCCGCAGACGUCCCCCUCACCCACCCGCAGCCACACCGGAGCUCUGCUCCCCCCCCCCGCGCCCACUCGCCACCCCGCCUCUGCGUCGCCGCGCCCGCGACCACUGGCCUCAUCUGCCCGCGCGUACCACCGCCCCUGGACGCGUCUGCCUGCGCUGCUGCUCGCCUGCUACCGCACCGCCACUAUCGAUGCAGCUUUUGCUGCUGAAGCCGCCGCGCCCGACGAGUCUCCUUGCAGCCUCCUUUGGCGUGUGCAUGCACCCCUAGCCUUGUGUCCCGGCUCGCCCGCGAAGCCCCGUCGCUACCCGAUCGCCGUGCCGGCCGUCUCGUGCAGCCGCCUGCCCGCGCUCGGCCUUGCCGCCGCCUCCGCCCACCGCUUGCUCCGGCAACGUGACCUGGGACGCAUCCGGCCAUGCGCGGCGUUGCCUGGCCGCGCCUGCGCCAUGCCGUUGCCCGCUGCUGCUCUACUGAACUUGCUGCUGCUGUUGAAUGCUACUGUAGCCAUAGCUAGCUUGGCUACUUCUACACUGACUACCCCUCUUUACUGCAGCAAAACAAUAACAAAACGAAUUUUAAUGUAA